CAAUUUUUAACAUUUAUAGAUAUAAUCAGCUCCAUCACGCAUCAAUGGACUUUCAACAAUCCCUUUCCUUAUAAGGACUCCGUGUCUAGACAAAACGUUUUAAAGCUCAUCGGCACCACAUCAAACAACACAGACUACCUCAGCUUAGUUGGCCAUUCUUGCUUGAUAUUAGGAUCAUUCACAGAUCUUUGCCUUACAAACAUGUCGACUUGUGAUUCGGGGUUCUCUUUGGCAUUCUGGCUACUGAUAAAGCAUACCGCAACUGACCCUCAAAUAUUUCUUGGCACGUCUGGAAAUGAUUUCACAGACUUGAAAGGUGUUUUUGUCUACCAAAAUGAAACGAACGGAACAGAAAGGAAAGUCAUAGUGGAAGUCAUGCUUAACGGGCAUAGCUGGAAGGAGCCACUCAAAAUUCAGCAUGAGAUUUGGAAUUUUAUCGUGAUAACUUGGAAUACAGCAGAAGGUCGCGAAAGCCGAUUAGCUACCUACAUCAAUGGAGAGUUAGUUAAUUCAUCUGUGGUUGAAAAAAAGAGUGAUGUUUGGAAACACAUUAAGCUGAAGGGACACUUCCCAAUGCAAGUUGUACGUGCGGAACUGUACUUGGAGAGCGGAGGAUUAUACGAUGAAGUUAUAACAUGGAAUAGAUCUCUGCAUGGCUAUGAAGUGAGGAGAGCAUUCCAGUCCCAAAUGAGUAGGUUCACGUUAAUAGCCUUAAUCAUGAACAAGUAGGUUAGACUAUUUUAGUUUCGAACGAAUACUUUCGUGUCAAGAAAUGGUCCAUUGUUCAGGCUCAACUUUCCUUUCUCAACUUUAUUUGCAGUUCGGUCGUUGAUGAAUUUGUAAAGUUUACAAAAUCAUCAACGACUGAACUGCUCUUUCUAUGCUUUCAAAUACCCUGACCGAUGACUGUCCUGUGGUACGAAAGGGGUAAAGAAUUAUAGACCUCUCAAGUUGGUGUAUUUUUGUUUUGUUUUGUUUUUUCAAUUAAUUACAGAUGAACUUUCAAAAAUACACUGUGCAGCCACAGCUACCACCUUAAACGUGACCUGGAAGGUUAUAAACAGGAAGCUAUUUCAGAUAAAAAAAACAACAAACAGAAUUACAGUCUGGAGAAAUAAAAUCCAUGCACAGGUUUUAAACAAAGUCCUUGACUAUUCAACUGAUCAAUAUUUUGUUGAAAAUCUUGGUAAGUACAUUCAUACUUUCUACUUCAGGUCGUUUUUUAUUAUGGCACCCCACAUGUAAUUGUACGCGUAACAAAUACGAAAUUUGCAGCCCUUUUAAUAUCGAAAAUUAACUGCAUUUCAAAUAUUUUUAACAUCGAAAAUGAAGAAUAAGUAACCAUCGUUUGAAACACGGAUUUUGUGGGAAGUCAUGGCGACAAAAUCAUGAUACAAAAAGAUAUAUAUAACAGAUAAAAUUGACAUAAUCGUGAAUAAACAAAGAUUGCUCGAGCUUGAAAAUAAAGGCAAGGACACGAUGAUGGACAUAAUCAGUCUCCUGUUUUAAACACUGCACGGGGACUUAAACAACUGGAGGAAAUUUACUGCCUUUCAAUUCGCUUUCUUCAGCACCAUACACCCCGUAUAAAAUCCGUCUACGGAGAGAAGAUAGUAAAGAUAGAAGGUGUCUUGGGGCUCUACUUUGUCGUACAAAGCAAGGAGGUAAAGAUAAUAAUCUGGUUGCCUUUAUUUAAUGCGUUCGCGUUUUGAAGUAAGUUUCCGGUUAAUGUAAGAUGUUUAAUACUAAGUCACUGAAACCAACGAGGACAUUUCGUGUAUAUCUUUCUAAUAACAUACCUAAGACUAUACGUCGUGGAAUCGUUGAUGGUCAGACACUGAAGAAUAUCUCCAAAUAUUGUGGGUGAACUGAUUGUAAUUGAACAAUACAAACGCAGAUCAAGAAGUUGUCGCAACUCCUUCAAUCGCUGAGUGCGUCACUUGCAAUCAGAGGCUGACUAACACAGUUUUGUUUACAAUCCAGUACCUUCAGUGAUUCAAAAUCUGACGAUAGCUUCUUAUAACUCGACCUCACUUCUGGUGCAAUGGUCUCCACCUCUUAAAAUUAAUGGAAUAAUCCGGGGUUUCAAUAUUGAGGUAAGAAGCUUAAAGCGUCGCAUGAUUCUCGAAUCAGCUUGUUUACUAAUCCAAAAGUGGCGCUAAAGGCCAAAUCGUUUUGUGCUAAGGAUCGGUAUCGCGCAUGCAUUUAAACAACUGAAACAACAAGACUCUCCCCACAAAUAUAUAUAUCUACACGUUCAGUAAUACCAAGUAGGCAAAGGUUUUAUUAUUUUAGUUAGUGGCAAGAUAUGUAAUGUUCAAUUUGGUGGUCUCUGUUAGCGGUUCAGGAGAGACAUUCAAAGAACUCAUUUAGUUUUUAUAUCACAAAAAUCUGGUGCAAAUUGUUGACUAUGUCUUUCUCCAGUUGAAGUUAUCUAACAAAGGAAGUAGGAAACGCCUCAUAGCAGUUGAAGACGCUGAAAGCUACCUUAUAACCGGUCUCAUGACUAACACCGAGUACGCCAUAGCAGUGCAAGGCUUUACAUCUGCAGGGAAUGGUCCGUUGUCCCAAACCAAGAAGGCCAGAACAAAAAAAGUACCACUUGUUACAGGUAUGCUGAAGGUAUAAUUUUUGGUUCUGCUAUUUGCCGUAUGGUCCUCUAAAUAAUAAGUAUUGAGCAGCCUGGACAAGGUGUAUUAUCCAGUACAACAUCCCUAUCCUCUAAAUAGUUUCUCGUGAUAAAAAAGUACAACAACUGACUGCAAAUAUAUAAGGCCAUACCCGUGGGAUCCUAUUUUACUUUUAUGCGCGAGCUAUGGUUGGUUUCUCUCGUUAUUGAUGUUAUCUAUUUUGUUUUGGUCACAAGUUUAUCCUCCCUCUGACACCAGUAGUUAAUUUUCCGGUGUUCAUUAUGUUUUUCUAUUCUCGUUUAUUUGCAAAAAGAAAAGCCGAAAAACGUCAGCGCCAUUGCUCUGAGCUCGGACGUCAUUAAAGUUACAUGGAUACCUCUUGACCAAAGAGAGGAAGUACAAUCAUAUGACGUAGAAUACUGUUCUACUGUUAAUUGCACCAGAAAGAGAGUGGGUAAAACCGCUGAUGUACUGCUGAAAAGUCUUCCUCAAUACACAGCGUUUAAAGUUAAGGUUCGAGGUCGAAACACACAGUAUGCAGGUCCGUGGGAGAUGGCGAGAGAGAUGACUACAUUAGGUCAGUCCACUGAGACUCUUGCCCCGUUAUGAAAUAUAAACCUUACUAGUUUUGCUUAGUUAUCCUCACCAGAACGUGACCUUUAAAACUGAAUUCUGUUUUAUUUACUUUAAGUUGGCUUUUGAUAAACAGAACACUUCCUCUGCUUAUUUACAUGAUAAGGAAAAAGUCAGCUACAACAUGAAACCAAUGCUGGUAGAGUUUUAUAUGGUUUAGGUCACCAAUGAAAGUGUCAAAUGCCGUUCCUAUUUGCUCCAACUAGAUUUUGAUGAAUGCACCCAACAACCAUGCCACGGGGAAGCUACAUGUAAAAAUAUGCCUGGGUUGUAUGAGUGUAGAUGCAAGAAAGGAUUUACUGGGGAUGGAUUUAACUGGUGCGAAGGUGAGAAAUCUCAAUAGCUCCUUUAAAUUUAGUACGGAAUCCGGCAGAUUACUCCACUUUUAACUAAUAAAAAUACGAUUCAUGUUAUCUUGGUCGACUGUGGAAAUGUUUGCUCCGAAAAGAUAACCAACGGAAAAACACUGAGGUAAUAAUCAUCAGAACAAAACCUCACUAACCGAGUCCACCGACCUUUCACGAGUGAAACAUCUCUAUUUUCCAUUUCCUUUCAUAGUCGAUCCCGCUUAUAGUUCUGACGAUGACUUCUGCCAGGAAGAGCUGUUCAGAAAUAUAACUUGGUUGCAAACACCCAGGGGGAAAACAAUUCAGCGAGGUUGUCCGUAUGGAUUCUCAGGUACUCUAAAGCAAGUAAUUAAGUAGAAAAAGCUUCUUACAUUUAAGUAAAUAAAUGUAGCAAAAUUUUUGUAGAUUUCACGAACUUAGAUCUAUGAUACCGUCUCUUAAGUUGCAGAGGUUUAAACGUAUCAUCUAAUUGUAGGAUGGGCCAAUCGUUCCUGUUCAUCUAAAAUCAAAGCGUCCUGGCAUAAACCAGAUUUAACAAAUUGUGUUUCCGAAGAGUUCAGAAAACUCCAACUUGAAGUACGUAAUAUUUCCCUGAUUUGUUGUUAUAAUUAGAUUAUUAGAUUAUCACUCGUAUUUUCAUACUACCAGUUCUGUCUGAAACUUCUGUUAAAAGUUAUUCAUGAAGGAAUAAAAACAUAUAAUCAAAUAAUGGUAGAUAGUUAAGUUAAAUUAAGCCAGUUAAGCCCAUCAAAUAAGACGUUUGAAUAGAGCCUCUACUUGGCGAUGAUGUCUUUUAUAAUUUUUACUAUUUGUUUGUUUUUGUUAUUGUUGUUAACUUUUUCACUUAUUUUUGCCUUCUGGACUGGUUUAGAUAACCUCUAAGAAUGAAAUUGGUUCCGACACUGCAGCAUAUCUGGCUCACCAACUUUCAGAGCUUACGAACCCAACGCGAGAGAGACUAAUAGUUAGUGGUGACUUGAGUGCUGCUGUUGGAAUGCUAGAACUUCUAGAUCAAAAAACAACACAAAAUGCAUCAAUGAAUCAGGAAAAAGCUAGUUCUUUUCUGAAGGUAGGUGUAAGAAAAAGAAAGAACAAAACCUUCUCCUGCAGCUUUGAUCUUAAAAGGCCACAUGAUAAGUUUUGAGAAAAUAAAUAGUGCAGAAAGGUAAGAGAACCUCUUUGUAUCACGUAGUUUUCAGCAUGAAGAAGCUGUUUUUUUGGUCCACGAUCAAAAGCUUGCUUCAAACAGAGGAGUUUAUUCUUCCUAGGGCUGUUUUUCUCUUAUAAUCAGUCAUCACCAUUUGCAGAAUUUAGUCAACGUAGCAAGUAAUCUUCUGGAUGAAAAGACAAUGGAUGCCUGGCACGAUUCACCUGUGGUAUGCUUUCACCUUUCUCGUUUUUCGUUUAGUACAUUCUUAACUGGUUACAGGGUUACAAGUGAUAGCGUCUUGCGGGAUUGCAUCAGUGCGAACGUUUACGAAUGCAUUCGCUUCAAUGAAUAUGUUGCAACUCAGUAACUACAAGAUUAAUUAGAUGCUAGUGGACAUUUUAUCCAGCCUCUAGAAAUCAAUUGAGACUCCUAAAUGGCGUUAAGAGUAACAAAUCAUACUUCAAAUGGCGCUGUUCAAUGUGCUGUACAAUAAACACAUAUCCAAGGUUUAGUCGAAAAAGUUACAAAGUAUUACCGACCAAUUUUUGCCUUUCGAUAAUCAAGGUUGAUGGCAAAGGAACUUGACUAAUCUUGCAAAAUCUGCGGCUUCGUUUCCUUCUCUCCCGAUAGAAAUCUCGUUCAGAUGAAGCUACAAAGCUCUUGAUGACUAUGGAAAGUGUAGCUUUGAAGACUGCUUCAUUUUCAAACAGCACAAAUACUUCCAGUUUUAAUACCUCUAAUAUCGGUGAGUUUUAUUCACAUUCAUUGUAACGCAUUCACUGGCAUUCUUAAGCGGUCACCUGUUCUAUUUCUUUCGUUGACAGAUAGCCCUGGAAGAUUACCUAGAUAUAUCUGAACUCCUGAUUCUAAUCUUCCAUAUCAAAGGCACGAUAUAACAUCGCAAAUUAUGUCAGGAAAUGAAGGUCUAACCGGGAGUUCCCAUUAUUCUAUGAUAGUACAAGGGGCAUCAUUUAUACAAGGCUAUGUUACAUUAACUCUUUUCCUUUAGUGUUAAAAUUUCGCUCAAUUAAGGAAGAGGAUUCUAUAGCUGAAAGAGUGAUCUUUUCUGCGUUGGAUGAUGGAUCUGGAAGCAAAAUAGAGAUGCCAACAUCUGAGUUACAAAGAAAUGACAACAGUACAUCUUCAGGUACAUGUGACUUCGUGCACAAGCAAGUUCCCUUUUAGCCCCUAGGUUAUAAUGAAAGGAGACGAAAUACAUAGACUGCAACAUGAUAAAAUAACGUUAUGAAGUACAUUUUGCACGAUUUCGCUUUAGUCGCUGAAGCGAUUUGUAUUAUUCCAAAGAAGCUCUGACUAGAUAUCUCUGUGUGGUCUCUUCAGGGGCAGUUCAUCAUAUUGCUUUCGUGUAUAUGAAGAACAUUGCACAAUUGUUGACUUCCUCAAGGUAGGUUACACGGCUUGGUCGUCAAUAAUUACUUUUUUUGCAUUGAAUAAGUAUGAGAGAGGGUUUCUACGUUUUCUGAUAACAUUAAGUUUUGUAUUGUUCCAGAUUCGUUAAUCCUACUCCUGGUGUUAUUUCACUUUCCACUAACCCUAAAUCAUCAAGCAACUUUACGAAUCCAGUGGUGAUAUUUUUUCACAAUAAUCAGGUAAGAAGAGGAAAUUCUCAUACGCACUUUACCGUCUCAUUUAUUUGAUCUCAUCUCGCUUUCAUUCGAAUUAACACAUCUUAAAGGUCCCUUUUUCAUUCUUGAAACUAACCCAUUAUAAGUCGAUCUGACGCAAAUGAUUAAUUAGAAGCGGCCGAUCAGAUCAAGACAGCCUUCAUACGAGAUCAAUUUUGGUUUACACCGACCGGUCCGAUCGAUCAGUUUUGCUAACCUUAUGGCAGGGAUGACCGAGUAUAUAGUUGAAUAAUGAAAUGACACAGAAUGUUGUUUCAGACCUUAUCAUGUCGUGAACUAUAACUGGACAUGGGUUGAAACUGUUCCUUUUGCUCUCAAAAGCCAUAGAGCGCAUUUUCGUAUACAUUUGUCGUUGUGAUGGCUUGUCAUUAAGGUCACUAGAUAUAUGCAUUUUCACUUUCAGAAAGACGUAAACCUCCCGCAACCAUCGUGCGUCUUUUGGAAAAUUUCAAAGUAAGUCGCGAAGUCUGAGUCAGUGCCACUUCAUAAACACCUUUUAAAACCACUGUUGUCAUCGGUUCGUAAAUUGACGAUAUGCUAUGUAUCUCUGGGUUGGUCUCUUCUUUACUUUAUUUUUUCAGGCUUGGACGCUCAUGGUCCGAGGAAGGUUGUCAUGUAAAUUUCAAAAACUCGACCGUAACUGUUUGCCACUGUUAUCAUUUGACAAGCUUCAGCGUCCUUAUGAAAUAUACGCCGGAUUCACUUGCGGAGGUAACUUAUUUCAAGUUGUGAGAAUACUUAUUUUCAUUUUGUUCAUUGGUUUUUCACGCUACCUGAGCAUUUUCCAUGAUAACUUAAGAUUAAUCAAUAUCUAAAAUAUCAAGCUAUACUAUUUUAAAUGGUUAUACAAUAAAAAAAGAAGACGUUUUGCAAGCAGUACAUUAUCUGAUUACCUUUUUAAUUGUCUUUAGGGGACCAACCAAAUUGCCUUGGGACUUGUUACGUACAUUGGCAUAAGCAUAUCCCUGGUUUCAUUAUUGCUGGCUUUUGUAACGUUUUGCUCCUUUGGGUAAGAACUUCGUGUACAUGAAAUCUUAUAAUUUCUGUUUGUUUGGAAGGUGAUGGACACAUAUUUAUGGAAAUCUCCCUUGUGGUUUUUCAACUUUAAUCACGAGAUAUUAUGACACUGAUCUCGUUUAGUUGUAAACCUGUGAUAGGUUUUUUCGAAUACCGAACAUUAAUCACGAGAGCCUUAAAUAAUUACAUUUACGUAGUAUUGGAUUUAUUCAAACUGUUACUUUCUUCAGGUUUUUGAAAUCGAAUCGUAACUUUGCUCACAUCAACCUGGUGCUGUCGCUUUUUUUGGCUGAACUGCUGUUUGUUGUUGGUACGGAAAAGACACAGUACAAGGUACUCAAUUUUACAACAGUCUUAGUGUGUCGUUCUCUACUCUUUUUUAUCAGACUCCAACAUGGUCAGAUGUAUAACCCAGUUUUUGACUUUUUAUGUUCAUGACACGAUCAUAGUUCUCGCCGGUUAAGCUUUAAUUUUGUGUUCAUUUUCUUUCGCACAAAUCGCCCUGAGUCGAUGAAGGUUAUAGUUGCGAACUAUUCUCUAAUCUUCGCUGCUUUUUUUGUUUCUAGACUGGCUGCUUUAUCAUUGCCAUAUUGCUUCAUUAUCUAUUUCUUGUUUCAUUUUGCUGGAUGGCAACAGAAGGAGUGAUUCUUUAUGUCAUGCUUGUUAAAGUUUUCCCAACAUCAGGUCAAAGUCCAAGGAAAAGACUAUUCUUCAUAUGCUCAUGGGGUGAGCCAAGCCUUUGUUUAAAUGUAUUAUUCUCGAUGCAAGAGGGCCUUGUGGAGCUUACACAUAUAUUUAAUUUGAAGCAGAAACUUGAUGGCAUUAAAAUGAUGAAAAAAUAAGCUAAAGAUUUAAUGUAAAAAAUUGACACAGUUUCACUAAGCUAAGCCAUUUUUUUAAAUUCUUCAAUACGAUUUGUGCGAAUAUCUGGUAUAAGACUUGUUGUGAAAAACAGUUGGAUUAAUGAUUAAGCUGCGAAUACAUAUUUGAUUUUCAAGGCGUGUUGUCUUCCAACAAAUUCUUUUAUUUUUAAAAGGAAUACCUCUCAUACCUGUGGUCACAUCGUUCCUUAUAGAUAUGGAGGGUUACGUAUCAGAGAGACAGUAAGUCUUUUUAAUGUGCGUAUACAUGCCGUGCAUAAGUGUAUUACUGUUGUUUAACUAGCAUGCUAUGAUUAAUCACGAUCACAAGAUUACAAUUUUCUUGUAUCUGAAUUCUUUCUUUUGAAUGGAGUGUUCUUUUUCUUUAUCUUAUUACCCAAGGUUUGAUCCUGCUGUUUUGCUUGCUGAAUUCGUCCCUUUCUCGCUUUAUAUGGAAAGUCCGAUCGCGAGAUCUGUACACGCAUAAGUCGUUGAGAUUUUCAUGCAACUGACAAAUCACUUCACUGCUGGAAAUACUCAAUCACUUGUUCAUUCCUCUAUUUAUUCAUUCAUUCACCCAUUCACUUAUCGGAAACCCACUUUUACUCUAAAAAGUAAGCAAAGGAUAUAUUUCCUGACCUAUUUAACGCGACUUUGUAACCUGCAAAGCUCUGCAACCUUACUCAUAAAAUAUUAAACGGAUUAUCCAGUUGUUAGUCAACAAUCAAACGGUUUAAAGUUAUCAAAGAAAACGUUUUAUUUGUUUCUUUGUUUUAUCUCUCGUCUUUUCCUCGAAAUUGAAUUGUCAUGUGCUUUCUCUUUAUGGCAGCUGUUGGUUGUCUGUUGAAGACGGUUUUAUAUGGAGUUUUGUCGGCCCUGUUCUGCUCAUAUGCGUGGUAUGACUAAUACUUGCAUUUCUUUUUUGUCACCUGCCGCUGUGUUACACAUGUUGAAUAAUGUACAAUGCUGACAGUAAUUUUACGUUGUAGGUGAAUCUGGUGUUUUUAGGAAUGACUCUAAAGGUUAUGGCAACGCGAUCCCUAAAUCAGCCUUCCCGAAACCCGCCGCAAAUGAGGUAAGGAAUAAAACGACGGUAAGCAAGCUAAGAAAUUGUUAGAAGCAUGAAGAUAAUGACUACCAUAAUGGAAGAAUAGAAGAAGCAAAAUUAAACACUGUUAGGAAAAUUCUUCCAGGCGAAUAGAUUCUGUAACAUAAGCCGUGCAAAAACAACGUCUACAUCGGCAAAUAGGUAAUAGGUAGUAAGUUACAUGGAUACGAUUGGUCGAAUUCGUAAUGAUUUACUGCAUUCAGUCAUAGGUUUUUUAAUUAAAACCCUCGCGAUGCUGAAACCCGGUUGGUAUUAUUUCACGUAUUAUUCAUUUUGUUAUGUAUUUGCUUAUUUAUUCAUAAAAUAAAAACUCUCAACUUUUUUCCUCAGGUACUGGGUAAAAGUAUGCGCAGUACUGACGUGUCUUUUAGGCACAACCUGGUUACUGGGAAUGUUUUCUCUGGACAAAGCUACAGUUCUCUUUGCGUAUCUGUUCAAUAUUUUCAACACUUUGCAGGUAAAUCUGAUAAUUGAUUCCUUCCUUGGCUUCCACCCUUCUUUGAGUACUGAAUUCAUCUGAGUAAGAAUUAGGAAAUAGGUGUGGUACAAAGUUGAGAACACCUCCCACCGUUUGUGUGCUACUUCGAUUCACUAACCUGGCUGCAGAGGUGGGUCAAGUUGUAUUUUUUUCUCGCCCUCUUGCCAAAGGGUUUUUCUGGGUUCUCUAUAUUUCCUCCCUCCUCUAAAAACAAUCCGUAAUCCAAGACAAAUUAUAAAUAGAGAACGAAAAACCAUCUCGUUUAAUUCUAAAUCCAAUUCAAUUAUGCUCCUUAUUUCCUUUCUUUUUUCAAGGGACUUUUCAUCUUUAUUUUUCAUUGCUUAGCUGAUGAAAGGGUAAGCAAGACUUUCGAUUUGAAAGAUUUGUCUGGUUGUUGUUCCAUAAUUAAAAUUGCAAUUUAACAUAGAGUCACAGUAUUCGAAACAAGACUACAACAGGACAUUUUGGGUUACUUGAUUUUAGGUCAAUGGUGCGUAUAUCGUAUUAUGGGUAUAGUAUAAAAGAUUAAUCUCAAGCUUUCGAAUUAAUAAUCCUGAAUGAUUUCUAGAUUCGCUCUGAGUACAAACGGAUACUCUGCUGUCGUGGAAGUCGAAGAGAUCACCUCCGUGAUAAUGUAAUUGCAAAAUCACAACUGAAAUAUUCGUCUUCUCAGGUGAGUAAAAUUAGUUAGAAUGAAUAACAUGCCCCGACAAGAAAAAUGAACGAAAGAGUUAGCAACAACUUAAAUCGAUUGGUAGAUAACCAUACAAUCAUGGCGGACCCAUAUAAUUAUAUCAAACACCCACCGGCUUUUAAUAUUCCUGGACUGAAUCAGAACUCUAUUUUUUUUUUUUUUUUGUGCAUUUUACAGACAACAAGACUUCAAAGGAAAGCCAUAAUACCGGAAGGUGGGUUUAAUGGUAUAUUUCUAUCUACCUACCCAGUGAGAAUUUAAACCACAUUUAUAUAUUUUCUUUAAUAACAAUCAUUUUCAAUCGAUUUUUCUCGAGGCUGACCUCCAGAGGAAAGGCUAAUACCAAGCAUGUUUUCUGUUGCCUGAUCAGCGUUCCUCGUUUUUUGGUUUAUUUUGUUCAGUUAGCGAUAAGUUUUUUUAUUGCUUUCUUUCUUCAGAAAAAAGGUUAAAUGUGGGGACACACACUUCUUCUGGGAUUGAGCAAAGACCAGUCGACCAGGCAAGGACAUUCUACUGAAUACCCUCUUAUUUCCAGUUGCCUGGAAUCCGCUAGAUAAACACUGUGAUAAGGGUUACUAUUGUAAUGCGUAACAUAAAAAUCUCUUUAGAUGAUACCACAAGAGUGGGAUCAUUUAAGGUGGUUUAUAGCUUUACCUUCACUUUGGCAUCAACUCUGCACUGAUGAGGCCCGAAAGGCCAAAACAGUACUUUCUGCAGUUACUUAUAUAUAUAUAUAUAUAUAUAUAUAUGGAUGUAUGUAUGUAUAAUUUUGCAGGGCUUUUAUGGUGAUAUGGAUGUUACAGCCGCUACAAGGACAACUGAACACGAAAAAGCGAUGGAAUACCAACAUGACCACUUAGCCGGAAGCGACGAAGAGCAUGACCAAGAAGAUAAUGAGGACGAAAAUUCAAAUGACGUUUUCUUUGAGGAUAUAUCUUCGAGUUUAAUCAACAUCCGUAAGAGCAGCACAACAGAACCCGUCAGAACAAGGGAAAAACGAAGAUCUGUUACUUCUGAUCCCUGUCAAGACAAGCCAUCUCAAUUUUCAGACCAGGAAAGCGACACAUUCGCUUAUAACAAAGAAAAAAAAGAACUUCUUUAUAUUAAAACAAUGGGACUUAUGGCAAACCAACCGCAAACUACGUCUGAAGGGGAACAAGAUCAUUUUGGCGAUUUUUCAUUGGAUUUUCAGAAGGUGGAGUCCAGUUAUCAAAUGAGAAAAAUAACUUCAACCCGCCGAGUUUAUCGAUAUUGUAAAAAUUCUUCUUUCUCAACGUCGUCUCGUCGUCCACAAAUAGAAAUGAGUGACAGUAGCGUUUUGAGAGAUGACUUAAGGGCGCACAUGUCAAUGAUUGAGAAUAACGAUACCGACUCUGUUUUUGACGGUAAUUUUUUGACAAAAGAGGUA